AUGGAUAUUCAAGCUGGAUGUCUCUUUUGUGAUGAGGAUGUUGAAACCAUGCACCAUUUGCUCUCUGAUUGUUGGUGGGUUAGAAAGGCUUUUGUUGAAGCUGGACUUUCUCAUAUCCCUAAGUUAUACUGGGGUCAACUUAUACUGCAUUGGGUUGAUGCUGUAGCCCAAGAUAUUGGUAUAGAGCAAGUCACUAGGCUUCUGACAUGUAUUUGGCAAGUCUGGUAUAUGAGAAACCAAAUAUUUCAUCACAAUUGUGUGGGAAGCACCAAGGACGUGGGUAGGAGAGUGGACAAUUUGCUGGAUGAAUUUAGAGAAGCCCAUUCGAGUGACUCAGCUAGUGCAGCAACAAUAUGCUCAAGCCUUAUUAGAUGGAGGCCUCCUUCAGGUUCAUAUGUUAAGGUUAACUUUGAUGCAGCUCUGCAGGACUCCAAAGUGGGGGUUGGAAUUAUUGCUCGAAACUCGGAUGGUAUGCAUCUAGCGUCGAGGAUAGUAUGUUUAAAGGGCCCCUCAAAUCCCUUCUUUGCAGAGUGUCUAGCUGCUAAAGAAGCUGUGCUCUUUGCGAAGGAUCUUUGUUGUGAUUCUAUCAUUCUUGAAGGUGACUCUUUGCUGACUAUAACUGGCUUGAAUAGAGUUGACAUUGAUCUCUCAGCGACUGGGCUUUGUCUUAGAAGUAUUAAGGAUUUAUUUCCUCUUUUUUCUUCUGUGAAGUGUAACCAUGUCAAACGCAGAGCUAACAAUGCAGCUGAUUUGUUAGCUAAGCAUGCCUUGUUGGGCUCAGGUUCUCGGAACUGGUCUGGAAUUUGUCCAGAUUUUCUUCUCUCUGUAAUUGCUUUGGAUUGUAGUCUUGUUUCUUCUUAA